AUUGGGCAGCGGCAGCGGCGGCGGCGGCGCGUGCCCGAGGCAGUAUCCUGGCCCCGCCCUCUCUGGGCCCGCGGGCUUCACUCGCUCCCUCCAUCACUCGCUCACCGACUCUCUCUGUGUCUCUGCAGCAUGGCCGAUUACCUCAUCAGCGGCGGCACCGGCUAUGUGCCCGAGGACGGGCUCACCGCACAGAUACUCUUCGCCUCCGCUGACGGACUCACUUACAAUGACUUCCUGAUUCUCCCUGGUUUCAUUGACUUCGCUGCUGAUGAAGUGGACUUGACCUCAGCUCUCACCAAGAAAAUCACCCUGAAGACUCCCCUUGUCUCCUCUCCCAUGGACACAGUGACAGAGUCUAGCAUGGCGAUUGCUAUGGGGGUGAGUGUCAAGAAAACCAGCCUGUGUUCUUUUUAUCACAUGGAUUCUUUAAUGGGUGGAAUUGGAUUCAUUCACCACAACUGCACCCCAGAGUUUCAAGCUAAUGAGGUCCGCAAAGUUAAGAAGUUUGAGCAGGGCUUCAUCACCGAUCCGGUGGUCAUGAGCCUCCAACACACGGUUGGGGAUGUCUUUGAAGCCAAAUUGCGGCAUGGCUUCUCGGGAAUUCCAGUCACAGAAACGGGAAAGAUGGGAAGCAAGCUGAUGGGGAUUGUCACCUCGCGGGAUAUUGACUUUCUGUCGGAGAAGGAUUACGACACGGCCUUGAGCGAGGUGAUGACGAAGCGAGAAGACCUAGUUAUUGCUCCAGCUGGUGUAACCCUCAAGGAAGCCAAUGAAAUUCUGCAACGCAGCAAGAAAGGGAAACUGCCAAUUGUUAAUGACAUGGAUGAGCUGAUCUCCAUCAUUGCACGGACGGACCUAAAGAAGAACCGUGAUUACCCCCUGGCCUCAAAAGACUCAAGAAAACAGCUGCUGUGUGGCGCAGCUAUCGGUACAAGGGAGGAUGAUAAAUACCGGCUGGACCUCUUGAUGCAGGCUGGGGUGGAUGUUGUUGUGUUGGAUUCAUCCCAGGGAAACUCCGUCUUCCAGAUAAAUAUGAUCCGUUACAUUAAGCAGAAAUAUCCAGAGUUGCAGGUGGUUGGUGGGAAUGUGGUGACAGCAGCACAAGCCAAGAAUCUGAUUGAUGCGGGAGCGGAUGCUUUACGGGUUGGGAUGGGCUGUGGAUCGAUCUGCAUCACUCAGGAAGUUAUGGCUUGCGGAAGACCUCAGGGGACUGCGGUGUACAAAGUGGCGGAGUAUGCUCGCCGGUUUGGGGUCCCAGUCAUUGCUGAUGGUGGAAUCCAGACAGUUGGACAUGUGGUGAAAGCUCUGGCCUUGGGAGCCUCGACAGUGAUGAUGGGUUCGUUACUGGCUGCUACCACGGAGGCCCCUGGUGAGUAUUUCUUCUCCGAUGGAGUGAGGUUGAAGAAAUAUCGUGGCAUGGGAUCCUUGGAUGCAAUGGAAAAAAACACAAACAGUCAGAAACGCUACUUCAGUGAAGGUGAUAAGGUAAAAGUGGCCCAGGGAGUGUCAGGAUCGGUUCAGGACAAGGGCUCGAUCCAGAAGUUUGCACCAUACCUGAUCGCAGGGAUACAGCAUGGGUGUCAGGACAUUGGAGCCAAGAGCCUCUCCAUCUUAAGGUCAAUGAUGUACUCGGGAGAAUUGAAGUUUGAAAAGAGAACCAUCUCCGCUCAGGUAGAAGGAGGUGUGCAUGGUCUGCAUUCUUACGAGAAGCGGCUUUACUGAAGAGGGAGGCGUUGCCCACCAGGCCAUAGCUCCCAACGUCCCCUCCCCACUGGCCGUCAAAUCGCACAGGCGCCCCUGACCACCUCCCUCUGCCCCUCACGCAGAGACAGCAACCCCGCUCUGUGACUCCUGGCUUGUGAUGCACAAUUCCUUUUUUUUGUUCUUGGACUUUUGUAACUUGGAGCUGUGAAGAAUGUAGCAAGAGAGAAAGAAAGCAGCAACAUCACCACCACUGCACCCAGAGAGAGCGCGCGAGUUGUCGAUGUGAUCACCUGCUGUAUACUCGCUAUCUAUCCAUGACCAGGAAAUGAGCCUGGUAUAAAGCUAUUUACAGCAAGAUUUCACUGAUAGUUUCACUGAACAGACUUGAGCCGCAACUUUUUUGUCACCAGAAGUAUUCGUAUUUUUGUUUAAAAAUAAUAUAUAUGUGUAUGGAGGGGAGUGGUGGAGAAAUGAGAUUCUUUUUCAGUCCCAAAAAGCAGUGUCACCAAAAGGGGAAGGGAGGGACAUUCAGGUUUACAAUGUCGCAUCCUCCCUGCUACAUACACAACAGUUGAUGCAUUGUUUAAUGGAUGGGGAUGAUUUUUUUGUCAUUUUAACUAGCUCUCUGCUGCACAGCAGAAAAUGAGGGAGUUGUUCAGUUCAAUGGGGUCUUGAAAGGGCUGGGAGGCUGCUGUUUACUCUUUUCAAAUUCCCAGAGGCAUGCUGGACAUCCCACAUCUCAUUCAGUUGAGUGGUUGAAGUCUCACCUCCCUGUGUCGAGAGUUGGAGGCACUCCUUUGGAACUGCUCUCAUCAUCAAACAAAGGAUUUGGGAGGUGAGACGGUGGCGAUAAUGUCACUGGACAAGUAAUCCAGUACCUCAUGCAUCAUUUCCCAGUUCUGUUUGUUUGAGCUGUGGGAAAAUCCUCCAAACUAAAAUAAUUCUGAAUGAAGUUCACUUUCUCUUUCCCAUUUCAGUACAUUCAAACUAUUCCCCUACCCCAUCCCCUUGCUCCACCCAUCAAUCUCUAGCCAGUUAACAUGCCCUCAAGUGAAGUUGAGAUCCCUUUGGUAUGUUAACCACAAGUGUAGGCUCUGCAGAAUCGGAUGUGGAUGAGAAAUACUUCAAUUCUGCCACUUGUUGUUGGAUGAAACUUGAUGAGAAAUCUGACACAAUUCAAUGCCUGUAAAGAUCUAAAACAGAACGAAAUGAAAUAAAUGCAGUUUGAUUUUGAAAAUA